AUGCUCAAUGUUUUUGUUUCUGUCUGCAUUUUCCCGCUGAUUUGCCCUGAAGAGUUUAUAGACUUAAAAUUCGGCGAUUCAUUCAAAGAAUGGACCACAAAAGGAAAUCUAUCCACAACAUUGUUCCGUGUGCUCCUAGACAUCCCAAAUCCGCCUCCAGCUAUUCGAAUUUGUUUAACAGCUGAAAAUUCGCCACUUAAAAAUCCGUUGACCGCCACUAUAGUUCGAGGAAAAACUGUUCAUAGUAUGUCACUAUCUCGUGUUCAAUGGGACAAUAGAAAGAAAUUCGAAUAUUGGUAUGCUUCGGAUACAUUGUGUGAUGAUAUAAUGCCGACUGAACAGCUUGUACACUCAGUCUACAUAUCAAUUGCUAACUCAGAUCCAACAGUUUUCAGUAUUCGUGUAAAACCUGUAAAGAACUUCCAUAUUGGAUCAAACCAAUUCGAAGUCCAUACAAGUCCACCAGAGCCUCGUUAUUAUCUGUAUACGUUCCCUGAAAAUGUGGAAAAAGUUAAUAUUAGGGCUUUUUCGGACAGUUCUAUUUGCGGGAAACUGAUUGCACGAAGAGUUGAAUGUCCAUUAUUUGAUAGAUCAGGUUUGGUGGAGCAAGGCGAAGAUUACUUUUUUCAAUCAUAUACAAAAUUUGCAGGAUUUCCAAUUAAAAAAAGCGAUAUUGGUUCUCAAUUUCAUCUGGCUGUCGUCGUUAAUCCAGAUGACUCAAUAUGUCGGAACUCACUGGAUUUAAUCUCUGAUACAACUAACAACCCCCACAGAGUCAAAAUAAGUUUUAUUUCGGUGACUCCAGACGAAGAAAAUGCUGUUGUAUCUUUGAUUCCUUUAUUGGUAUAUGCUGCAAGCAUAUCAAUUGUUUUAGUUAUAACAUUUUUGAACUACAAAUACUUGGACAGCCAUGAGAAUAAUGAGCCCGACAUUUUUGAAGGAUCGGAUUCCGAAGCCAGUGUAAUUAUUGAUAAAGUUGAUUUGUUUAAAGAACCAAAUAUGAUAGUUAGCCAUCAAGAAUAUCAAAAACAACGUCUCGUAAAAGAUUCAAAAUAUUUCAAUUUCUUGUUUUUCCAAUUAUUUGGAUCAAUUCUACCAGCUCUUACCACAUUAUUCCAAAACAGAUUGCAAAAAGCGAACAAAACAAAUCUAGAUACAUGUUAUUUGAACUACCGUUGUUCAUUAAAUGUUAUUGGAUUUAAUUCAUUCAAUUCAAUGACAAGUGCCAGCAGUCUUGCUGUGCUGGGAAUUAUCAACUUGAUUAUCGUUUUUCGAAAACAAAUAUUCCGAUAUGAAAUUCCAAGGUUCCCAACUUCUCGUGGAAUCCAGCAACGUGAUGCUCCAAAAAUUGUUUGUUUGUUAGGAUUGGUUGCCCUGGGUGUGUACUCUGCAAUAUUGAACAAUUGUCAGCAAAAGUCCAUGUUACAAUUUUAUGACUAUACAAUAUUGUGGCUUCAAUACUCAGCUCUUCUGUGGAUUUAUUCAAAACGUCAUGGGGUUCGGAAAUGGCAACAGUUGUAUAUAAUCACAGUCUCAUCUAUUUUGGGAUUUAUUUCAUUGUCUGAAAAUGGAAGUUGUUGUAAUUUAAAACAUUGACUCAAUACCAAAUUUCAGAUGUUUGUUGUGGAUUCAUCAUUGAGGCUUAUCAUCAAGAUAGUAUUUUCUAUAUGUUCAAUUGGUUUUACCGGAUAUUUUGCUUAUAAAUAUUUUUAUGAAAGACCAUCCGGAUUACAAAGCCACCAAUGGAUAUGCACACCGUUAAGCUCUCAGCAAAAAGUAUUGGAAGAUGAUAAAAACGUUAAGCGCCGGCCUUUGAACUCAAAAAUGUCAUAUGUAUUUAUAUCAAUUGGAUACGCGAUUAUAUGUUCGAUAGUAACAUUCUUGCACUCUGGAAUAUCAGUUCAUUCCGCCAUCUACUUUUCAGCCAAAGGACAACUAGUUAUUUAUCUAUUCUUUUAUAUUAUUCAAAAAAUCCGCUUCGAAUGGAGUUCCUUCACUUUCUCGUAUACAAUCAGAUGUAUUUUUCUCAUCGUAUUUCUCGUUUUAUUUCAAACGCUGAAUCGCUACUUUGCAAACUUUGCCAGUCCAUUUAAUUUUUAUGAAAGCCCGGCAUUGUCCCGAGAGCUUAACUCAGAAUGUAUCAUCCCUGGAAUAGAUUGGAAUAACGUUCGUCACUAUAACGCUGUGAUAACCUGCUCGUUUUUCAUUCUGUUAUUGGAUUACAUUGACAUAAAUAUAGAAAGUGUUCCGAAAAAAAUAAUUUUUGUAUUCUAG